CCCAAUCAGUGACCCUGCUAAGCUGGAAGGGGUGAAUGGCCUGCUUUCCUCACCAUCAUGACAGGGAGUGGGGGCAAAUCUGAGUGGCACUGGAACCCCGUAGGCCAGGUCUCAAUACCCGGAGCGAGGUGUUGGGUCCAGCCCUGAGGGACAGGCGCCACCAUUGCAGGGUGAGGCACCAAUCCAAAAAAUAGUCACGGACAAAUGGGGAAAUCGCUCCAUCUGUGACAUUUUUCCAUCCUUGACAAACCUGUAGCUUUAACCAUGAGCUAACACUGGGAUUGCCUCUGCUCUCUCCAGCAGGGCAUGAGAUCCCGGGAGGAACGAGGACAUGGUCUGAAUGUGGGGAGAGUGCAGCAGGAAUGCAGAAUCCCACAUCCCACAGAAGGAUCCAUGCACAGGACACAGUCCAUCCCCGGGGUAGACUCCACCAGAAACUGGACCUAUCUACACACCAGACACUCCCCAUGGGCCAGCACCCCCACCGCUGCAUCAAUUGUGGCAAGAGAUUCAGCAAUCCCUCUGCACUGACCCAGCACCAGCGCAUGCAUACCGGGGAGAUGCUGCAUCGCUGUGCUGACUGUGGCAGGAGCUUCAGACAGUCCUCAAUCCUGAGAAUACACCGGCGUGUACACACCAGGGAGAGGCCGUACUGCUGCACUGACUGUGGCAAGGGCUUUGCACGGAGCUCAAACCUAAGAAUACACCAGCGCACGCACACUGGGGAGCGGCCACAUCACUGUGCUGAUUGCGGCAAGAGCUUUGCAGAAAGCUCAACCUUGAGAAGACACCAGCGCAUGCACAGUGGGGAGCGGCCGUACUGCUGUGCUGACUGCGGCAAGAGCUUUGCACGGAACUCAAGCCUGAGAACACACCAGCUUCUGCACACCGGGGAGCAGUCGUACUGCUGUGCUGACUGUGGCAAGAGCUUUGCACGGAACUCAAGCCUGAGAACACACCAGCGCACACACACUGGGGAGCGGUCGUACCACUGUGCUGACUGUGGUAAGGUGUUCAGCAGUGGCAAGACGCUGACCCGUCACCAGCCCAUGGACGCUGGGGAGCGGCCGCAUCGCUGUGCUGACUGCGGCAAGGGCUUUGCACGGAGCUCACACCUGAGAACACACCAGCGCACACACACAGGAGAGCGGCCGCAUCGCUGUGCUGACUGUGGCAAGGGCUUUGCACAGAUUGCACACCUGAGAGUCCAUCGGCGCACACACACUGGGGAGCGGCCGCAUCUCUGUGCUGACUGCGGCAAGGGCUUUGCACAGAUUGCGCACCUGAGAGCACACCAGCGCAUGCACACCGGGGAGCGGCUGCAGCACUGUGCUGACUGCAGCAAGGGGUUUGCAGAGAGCUCAAAGGUGAGAAGACAACAGCGCACACAUACUGGGGAGCGGCCGUACCACUGCGCUGACUGUGGCAAGGGCUUUGCAGAGAGCUCACACCUGAGAAGGCACCAGCGCACGCACACUGGGGAGCGGCCGCACCAAUGUGCUGACUGCGGCAAGGGCUUUGCACAGAUUGCACAUCUGAGAGCACACCAGCGCACACACACUGGAGAGCGGCCGCACCGCUGUGCUAACUGCGGAAAGGGCUUUGUACAGAUUUCACACCUGAGAGUACAUCAACGCACGCACACCGGGGAGCGGCCGCACUGUUGUGCUGACUGCGGCAAGGGCUUUGUCCAGAUUUCACACCUGAGAGUACAUCAGUUCACGCACACUGGGGAGCGGCCCCAUCACUGUGCUGACUGUGGCAAGGGCUUUGCACAGAUUUCACACCUGAGAAGACACCAGUGCACACACCAGGGAGUGGCUGCACCACUGUGACAGUUCUGGGAAGAACUGCAGCAGAACCAGUGCACUGACCAAGCAGCGGUGCACGCACACUGGGGAGAGGCCAUUCCGAUGCCCUGCCGACAGCAAGAGCUUUGCAUGGGCCUCUUUGAUAUCACGUUGGCACAUCCACAGCUGAGAGUGGCAGUGCAGCUGUGCUGACUGGAGCAAGUACUUUGCUAGAUUGGCCAACCUCACCCGGCACCAGGUCACUCACACCAACGCCCUUCUGCCAAUGCCAGGACCUGAGGGGCUUCUGGCAGCCAGUGGGCCUGGCACAGCACCAGCAGAUGGAGGUCAGGGAGUGGUCCUGUCCCCAUGGUGCCCAGCAGAGACUGUGUGGGGCAAGGAAGGAGACUUGGUUCAGCAGUAUGGGGAAGAGCAGACAGGUGGAGGGAAUUUGGAGCAGAUGGUCACAGCCUACUCCAUUAGGGAGCGCUCUUUCUCCCCCCCCCCAUGUAGGUGGGAUCCAGCUAGGGCUCUCUCUCUCUCCGUCCAAACUCACUCACGCAUCUGGCUGGGAUGCAGCCAGGACACACACGACCCCUCCCAUCUAGAUGGGACUCAGUCGGGAACUUCCCCACCACAUCUUCCUCGGUUCCAACCAGCGGGUGACUCUUGGGUAACAUCUAGAGGUGGGAUUUGCAGUCCUGUCUCAGCAUGGAUUGGGAGCGGGGCAGGACAGCCCAGUGUGUGAUUGAAAGGAGACUCAAGAACUGCUCAUACCGUCUACUUUAAAUAGAAAUGUGAUGAAGAAGAACUACGUACCUAAUGUGUAACAAAGGUCUGUCUAAGCAGGUGUUUCUUUGCUAUUAAAGAAGCUGGUGCAGUCACGCGGCAUGUGGAGAAGCCAGUGUAAAGUGUAAAUCUUUAAGGUGAACCAAUUAAAGUGUUCUAAGGCCUAACUGACCAUGAGGCCGGAUGAACGGUGUGACUGUCAGGUGCACAGAGAGAGUUUCCCAUUACUCCUGGGGGAAUUCUGCACGUAAAAAUACUGUGAACAAUGUUUUAAAAUUCUGCAUAAUUUAUUUGUCAAAAUAACACAAUAUAAUCACACUAGUUUCAAUUAUUUUGCUAAU